GUGCAGGAGCGCCUGCACGCCGAGGUCGUGGAGCAGCUGGGCGGCAAGGAGGACCUCACCUCGGCCGACAUCAACAAGCUCAAGUACACCGAGCAGGUGCUCAAGGAGACCAUGCGCCUGCUGCCGCCCGUGCCUUGGACGGCGCGCAUCGUCAAGGAGGCUACCGACUUCGCCGGGCACAAACUCCCCGCCGACACAACCAUCAUGCUCAACAUAAUCGGCUGCCCCCGCGACCCCAAGCACUGGCCCGACCCCACGCGCUUCGACCCGGACCGCUUCUCGGCCGAGCAGUGCGCCAAGAGGCACCCGUACGCGUUCCUGCCCUUCAGCGCCGGCAUGCGGAACUGCAUCGGCGGCCGCUACGCCAUGAUGGUCAUGAAGACGACGCUGGCCGCCCUGGUGUCUCGCUACCGCGUGGACCCCGCACUGAAAAAAAAGUUUAGUUAG